AUGAAGACCUUCACGACCCACAAAUUUCUCACCAUUUUCUCUCUUCUCAUCUUCCUCUUUUCCUCUUUGCUUCCUUCUCAAUCUUUGUCCCCUGCAGGUACAAUUCUAAGAACCACAAAACAACAAGUCCUAGCCAGCCUCCAACCGAGUCAUGAAACCACACCAACAUCUAGCUCAUCCCAGCUUUUCCUCACUUCCCCUUCAGGACAAUAUGCGGCCUAUCUCCUAAGAGAAACAUCCAAUGGUGCUGGAGGCUUUGGAAGUGAAUUUUGUUACAUCCGAGUCCAAGAAAGCAGUGUGAUUAUUUGGGUAUCCAAAUGUGCUUCUAUAAGCAACAUUAACACAUGCAGCCUAGUUUUUUCAGAUGUGGGACUUGAAAUAUUUGAUGGGAGUCGAUCUGCAUGGGACACAAAGGCCAAUGGGAAGCUUUUGAAGACAUUGAAUUUGCUUGAUUCUGGGGACAUGCAGAUAAGAGACAAAGAUGGGAAGCUUGUGUGGAAGGCAAGUGAUAAUCCUAUUAUUAAUCAAAACUGCGGGUCCCAGCCUUCAUCAAGCUUUAAUCAGCCAUUUUCUUCUACCAAUCAGCCUUUAUCAGGGUUUAACCAGCCAUUUUCUUCUACCAAUCAGCCUUUAUCAGGGUUUAAUCAGCCAUUUUCUUCUCAAAAUCAGCCUUUUGGGACUAAUAACCAGCAAGGUUUAGUGGGCAACACACCUUUUGGUAAUGGGGUUUCAAGAAAAAAACCAUUCAUGGGAGGAGUUGUUUUAGCUUCUCUGAUAAUUACGUUUGGUUUUAUUGUUUAG